CUCGAAGACAGGAAGCUUCAAGGCUGUCCUACUCCGCAGAUCGACACCCACGUCAUCGGCAACCCGGCUGAUCCACCCUGCAUUUCAUCAACCCUCAGCCUGAGAAGAGUCACCGCAGGCUUGCCGCAUCUAGCAAUCCGACUAAGCUAUCGUGAGGUUACUCAGCGGACUCAUUCGCUAAUUCAAGAGCACCCCGCGGGGGCCAAUCCAUCAUCGAACCCGUCAAACCCGUUACCUGAUUUCUCAAAGCCGAGCUACUGUUCAAAUAAAGUCUCUCCCCUUCUCUUGCUCUCAUAGUUUUCCACUCAUCAAAACUCCCCCAUUUCUUCAAAAUUGCCCAGUCUACCAGUCCUAGUUCUUCCCAUUACUCUGUCAAUCUCACACUUCCAUCAAAAACCAAUCCUCCAUUUCCAUCCAGCAUGGCAGAAACUACCCCAGAAACCCAAUCCGCCUCCGCAAUCCGCCUCUACACCCACCGUGCUCCUAUCUAUGACUCAUCCUACCACCCCUCCUUCACCGUCCGCCUCUUCUCCCACAUAUCCCCCCACCUCUCCCCGGGGCUCAAAAUCCUCGAUCUAGCCUGCGGCACCGGCCUCCUCACCUACCAACUCGCCGCCGCCGUUGGGCCCAGCGGGCGCGUCGUAGGCAUAGACGUCACGCCCGGCAUGCUCGCCGUCGCGCGUGCAAAACUCGCCGCAGAGCCAGAGAAAUACGCGAACGUGGCAUUAUACGAGCACGACGUGACCGACCUGGACGGAAUCAAGGAGCUGGCGGGGAUGAAGGGGAGAUUCGACGGGAUCACGGGCGCGAGCAUGUUUGUGCUUUUCCAGGACCCGGUGGCGGCGUUGGGGCAUUGGGUGCAGUACCUGAAGCCGGGGGGGUUCGUGGCGUUGGAUGUCACGCAUCCGCAGAAUCUGGCGUAUAGCGGGACCGUGGAGAAGACGGCGAGAAGGAUGGGGGCGUUUAUGCUGUAUAACCGCAUGUGGAUGAAGGGCCCGGAGUCGCUGGAGGAGGUGAUGCGGAAGUGUGGGGUUGAGGUAAAGGAGAUGGUGGUCGUGGAGAAUCAGAGCGGGCAGGGGGAUAAGAAGUAUGGAGUUGAGGAGGCGGAUAGGCUGUUUGAGGAGGGAAUUGAUAAGGAGAUUUGUAGGGGGUUUAAGGAGAGUGAGGCGAAGAGGGCGGAGGCGAAAAGGUUGUUUAAGGAGGAAUGGGAGAAACAGGCGGUAAAUGGGUGGGUGGACGAGGUGGACACGGUGUUUUUGGGGAUUGGGAGGAAGGAUGUUGAAGAACCCAAAUCAGAAUUCAAAGCCUUACCCAUCCACUCCAAAGUAGCCUUCUCGGGAGGCUGCCGGUGCGGUAGCAUUACCUACACCAGCACGACUGCUCCUUCAGCAGCAUGCUGCUGCUACUGCGCCGCCUGCCGCCAACUCUCCGGCUCCGGUUGCAUCCCCUGGGCCCAGGUCCAUACCGACGCCCUCACCAUCACCAUCACCGCCCCAAAAUCAAGCUCCGCUCAAGCCUCAACCACCUUGCACACCCUCAACCUCUCCAACGCUGCAGAGCGCCAAUUCUGCAAUGCCUGUGGCACACCUCUUUUCAUGGUCUAUAAGAGAAAUCCAGAGGAAACGAGCGUGAGCAUGGGGAGUAUUGAUGAGGCGAGUCUGAGGUGUGAAUUACCGGAGAUUGGGAGCCAUAUCUUUCUGAAGGAGAAAGCCAAGUGGGUUACGCUGCCGAAUGAUUGGGCGUUGAGGUGUGAUGAGUUUACAGGGAGGACCGCGGAGGAGGUGCUUGGUGGGAGCGACUAAUUGUGAAGGGGGGAUGAGAACAGCCAGUAAUACAGCAUGCGGUACGGCAGGCUAAAAGCAGGCACAUUUCACACUCGGCAAGCAUCAAGCAAUGGGUAUAGUGUUUAGGUGCAUUAUAGCUUGCGAUGCAUAGUUAUAGAAAAUGCCGCG